AGGACCCGGCACACACAGGACACAUGGCACAGGGCACUCAGCACAUCUCUGCAGGGAUGGUGCAGACAGCCUCCCUCUCCAGCAUGAAGCACCUCACCUCUGCGCCCCGGGCAGCCCUGGUCCUCAGCCUGGUCUUUGCCACCUUCCACUCGGCUUGCUUAGCAGAAGCAAGCAGCAACAACAACUCAACCUUGACCGCCCACCACCCAGACCCUGGGACCCUGGAGCAGUGCCUCAAUGUCGACUUCUGCCCGCAAGCGGCCCGGUGUUGCCACUCUGGAGUGGAUGAAUACGGCUGGAUCGCGGCCGCCGUUGGUUGGAGUCUCUUGUUUCUCACCCUCAUCCUGCUCUGUGUGGAUAAACUGAUGAAGCUAACUCCAGAUGAGCCCAAGGACUUGCAAGCAUGAGACGUAGAAUCGUAGCCCCAAGAAUGUCAAUCACCACCCAAUUGUGGAUGACAGCGGGAGGGGAGUAGUGCUAAUGCAGUUUCUAUUAUUUUCAAGUCAUUUUCACCUUUAAGCUUCAGCUACUUUUAAGGAAGAAGAAGAAGGAAGGGUAUCCAAAAAAGGCCAGGCCAGUGCUACCUUCACACCUAAUUUCCAAAGGCACUUGGGCCUUCCCAGCCCUGAUAAUCACCUUCCUCCAGACGAUCCCUAUGGGAAUUGCUUCUAUUUUAACCAUCACUCUCUUCUGGGCCCCCAGGGUGGUGCACAAGAAAAAAUUUAGUUUUUGAGUCAACACACUAAACUCAUAACCUUCUCACCAAAAAUAGAUCGUUGUCUUCUGUCCCUGCCUUCAGUCCAGGGCACAAUGUCAUUUCAAAAUGUGAGAAUCACCCUUGACGCCCCACCACCGUCACCGCCAUGUCUGCCCGAUGCUUCUGCAGCUCUUGUUCUUCCCUCAACACGUCUCCCAUGGCUAUCCCAUCCCCUUCUCCCUGCCAGCCCCUGGCUCUGGCCUUCGCUACAUCGUCCCUGCGCUAUUUCAGGAAUAUCGCUUUUCGUUCUCACCAGCUUCAGAGUCUUCCUCCCCAGCUCGUCACUCCCCAUGGGCAGCUGCCACAAUAAUGCUGUCACACCCCUGCUGACAGCCUUCAGUGACAUCUAAUGAUUGAAACUCUCAGCCUGGCAUGCGGUUGUUGGCAUGAGUCCAACCAUCUUUCCAGGUCUGACCUGCAGCACAUCUGGGGUAAGGGCUCUGACUGGCCCACUCCUCAUCCUGAUGUCUUCCACUUCUCUGCUGCCAUCCCCUCUGCUCGGGCAGCUGCCUCCCAACUCCACCUCCAGGAUGGAGGCUACUCCUCAAAGUCCAGCUCAAAUACUGGUUCUGGCUGCAGCCUUCGCUGAUGGUCUUGGGGGGACCUGGAGCUGGUGCUGUUAGGGCAAUUCUGCUCUGCCUUGAGGUGCAGCCAUCAUGAAUGGGCCUUCACAAUCAGUUUAUACUUCCUCACGCUCCUGGGGGCCUGGUGAGCUCUUCAUAGUGUUUGUCCCAUGAAUGAAUGAAUGAAUGAAUGAAUGAAUCUUUGCCCUAGAUGAACUUAUGAUCAUCACUCCACACUCAGAACCUCUAUUCUUCUAUAAAUGGUUGAAAAACUGACCUCCAAAGAAGCAGUUGGUUUGGCUCCCGCUCUCUCAGCGAAUCACUCAGCACGAGGAUGUCGCCUGUCAUU